UCGAGGUCGAACAAUGUUUCAUGACGGUCCCAAAGCUGGAAACCACAACACGUAACAAAAAAUAUGAAAUUAGUUGUUGAAAAGUUCUGCUUUUGACAUGAGCUAAAUGUUUGACUUUAUAUUUACAUUUUAUUGUAGUUUUACGACAGUAACAGCUUGAGGAAGACGGUCAAAAAUGAACCUAAAAGCUCAGCUCUGGAUGUUAUUUGCUGUGAUCUUACAGUCAGUGUCAGCUCCGGGGGAGAUGGUGAGCCUCCCCGGGGGAAGGAUGUUGAUGGGAACCAGCGCAGCRGACGGCAGGGACGGAGAGUCCCCCAUCAGGGAGGUGGAGGUGCAGCCUUUUAAAAUCGACAAAUACCCCGUAACAAAUGCAGAUUUCAGGGAGUUUGUGAGAGCUCAGAAGUAUAAAACUGAAGCUGAGACUUUUGGAUGGAGUUUUGUUUUUCAAGACUUUGUCUCAGAAGAGAUGAAGAGCAGAAUAACUCAGAGAAUUGAGUCUGCCCCUUGGUGGCUGCCUAUAGAGAGAGCUUUUUGGAGACAGCCUGCAGGACCUGAGUCCGGCAUCCGGGAGCGUCUGAACUAUCCGGUUGUUCAGGUGAGCUGGAAUGAUGCUCAGGCCUUCUGCAGGUGGAGAGGCAGCAGGUUACCCACGGAGGAGGAGUGGGAGUGGGCUGGACGAGGAGGGCUGCAAGGUCGAGUGUAUCCGUGGGGGAACAAGUUCCAGCCCAACAGAACCAACCUGUGGCAGGGAACUUUUCCAGACGCAGACGCUGCAGAGGAUGGAUACCACGGCACCUCUCCUGUCACAGCGUUUCCUCCUCAGAACAGCUACGGACUGUACGAUAUGAUGGGAAACACGUGGGAGUGGACAUCCACGCGUUUCCCGUCGGCGCAGCCGAUGUACGUGCUGCGCGGCGCCUCCUGGAUCGACACGGYGGACGGAUCGGCCAAUCACAAAGCUCGAGUCACGACCAGGAUGGGCAACACCCCUGACUCCGCCUCCGAUAACCUGGGAUUCAGGUGUUGUGCGAGCCAGGAAGAAGAACAACACACGAGGCAAGACAAGGACGAGCUAUAGCUGCUUAUCAUGACCUCUAAGUCGAUGAGAAAUAACGGGUUAAUUUAAAAGGAAUGCUUGUAACGAAGGGUUGAUUGAAUGACAGAGGAGAGAAAAGGCUAAUUGGGGCAGAUCUUUAUGCUUCAACAGAAACAAAACUUCUUUUCUUGGUUUUUGGAAAAGAUCCAGUUAGUUUCUAUUGAGACACUUAGAACAACUCUGGCAGGAAGGCUGUGAAUGUAGCACAAAAAUAAUUCAUUUCCUUCUGUGGAGAACUUUAUUUUGAAAGUUACUUGAUAGAAAUAAAGGCAUGGAAUGCUGAUUUUAGACAAAUAAUAAACUGAGUGUUGUGCAUUGGAUGGAUUCACUCAACAGAACAGGGACACUCAGCCUGCAUUGAUAGUCAUCUGGUUGUUUCUCUUGAGUUUAGUUUCGUGACUUGGGCACAGAUCAUUGCAUCACCCGGCCUUGACCUCCUGUUUACGUUGGUUUGCUGGAAUCAAAUUGUGGGAUUCAUUCUGAGAAGCUUAAUCUAGACUGCAGUUUUUGAUUCAGUAACCCAGGGCCUCUCUGUGUGUUCUCCAGAAAUCCUUUAUGUUCAACUUGACCACACAAGUGGGUUUUAAGAACCCAGCGGAGGAGUGGAAAGUUUUCACUGGCGAUGACAAUGUUUUCUUUAUUUCUUUUGUAAGCMUUUCAGAAUAAAAGGCAACAGUGUUUAAACUUAUCUGUGUAAAAAGAAGAAGUGUUUUGGAACAAUGAUGUGAAUGAAUUAAAAUGGCUUGAACUUA